AUGUAAAUGUUCAAGCUCUACAGUAAUUAAAUGUAUGCAAAUGAUAGUUACUUUUGUAGAUAAAAAAUUAUAAAAACUCGAGGAAAAUAAACUGUAUGCAAAUGGUAGUUACUUUUGUAGAUAAAAAAUUAUAAAAACUCAAUUGAGGAAAAUAUAAUGAGAAAAUAUUGGGCGGGCCUUGUUCCUGGCACGCACCCGCGUGCCUGUGCUUCCGGGGACCGCUGUGUACUCCCUUGGACGUCAGUUCUCACGCCCUCACCGGCUUCUCCCACUUUCUGGGGAUGCGAGGUAAAUCCCCUUCACCGAUUCCUCAUUCUGAAUUUCACUGUUAUUCAAACAAGGCCUCUACUGACCUCUUUUUAAUUGAAACAUUUUAAAUGAAAGAGAAAGCAUUCUACAAAAUCUGGAAAUUGGAGGGAAAAAUCGCUGAAAUUCAGAACAGCAAAACACAACCUUAUUUAUUGCCAGUCUCCUGCCCCUCCCUUAUGUAAUGUUUUUAAAAAUAGCAGCCAUCUCAGUUUUAACAAAAUGAUUUUUCUCCACUUCAUAUAUAUGGUUAUGUUUUUCCAAGUUGCUAAUCAUCCUUUUAACAGUUCUAUGGUUUUUCACGUGUAGAUUUAAUAUUAUCCGCAUUUGUGUGUGGAGGAGACUGAGGCUCUGAGGCUGAGAGACUUGUCCAGGGUCAAAAGCCCAUAAGGAGAAAUCAACUCCAAUUGAACUUUUCUGGACAGCGUUUAUGCAAUGCCUAACUCUAACUGGACACACCCGAUUUCCCUAUCUGUCAUUUCAAGCUCAGCUUCAGUUUCUAUUCUUCAGAGAAGCCUCCCACAGGUUCUGUAAAGAGCAAAUGUGAGUCAAGCUCUUGGGCUGUCUGCUCGACUCCCGUGUGUCUAGGCGAUGGUGUGGGCCCUUCUCUUCUUCCACGUGUUCCUGAGCCUCCCACAGGAGACCCGAGCCCGAUUGCACUCUCUGCAGUAUUUCUACAUGGCUGUGUCUGAACCAAGCCCAGGAGUCCCUGCAUUUACCGCCUUUGGCUUCGUGAAUGAUCAGCCCUUCAUCCGCUAUGACAGUGAGGAGAGGAAGGCAAAGUCUUGCGUUCACUGGUUGAUGGAGGAGCCAGAUUACUUUGAUGAUGAGACCAAGAUUUUCACAAGUCGAAUGAAGAUUUUCUACUUAAACCUGAGAAAUGUGCAGCGAUACUACAAUCAAACCACAGAUCUUGGUCUAAGCAAAAAGAAUCCACAAAAGCAAGCAGGCCCCCACAUCCUCCAGUUCACCUACGGCUGUGAGCUCCGUGAGGAUGGUGGGACCACGGGGCAUUGGCAGUAUGGCUACGAUGGUGACGACUAUCUGAGCUUGCACAUGGACCCUCUGCAAUACACGGCGGCCUCAUUCAUUGCCCAAUAUACCAAGCAAAAAUGGGAGGCCAAUGGGAACUUCAUACAGAGAGACAAGACCUAUCUGGAGAAGGAAUGCAUCCUGUGGCUGCAGAGAUACUUGGAGUUUGGAGCGGAAACCUUGAACCGCAUUGAGCCUCCCAGAACACAUGUGACCCACCACCCCAUCUCUGGCCGUGAGGUCAUGCUGAGGUGCUGGGCACUGGGCUUCUACCCAGCGGAGAUCACGCUGACCUGGCAGCGGGACGGGGAGGACCAGACCCAGGACAUGGAGUCUGUGGAGACCAGACCUGCAGGGGAUGGAACCUUCCAGAAGUGGGCAGCUGUGGUGGUGCCCUCUGGAGAGGAGCAGAGAUACACAUGCCAUGUGCAGCAUGAGGGGCUGUCUGAGUCCCUCACCCUGAGAUGGGAGCCACCUUCCCAGCCCAUGAUCCUCAGUGUUCUGAUUCUCUUUGGAACUCUGGUCCCUGGAGUUUUGAUCUUUGGAGCUCUGGUUGCAGUUGUGAAUGGAAGGAAGAAGAGCACAGGUGGGUUUCCUCAUUCUGACCUCAGGGUAUCUGUGCUGAUUUGAAUGUAUUAUGUCCCCCAAAACGCCAUUGUCUUUGAUGUAAUCUUGCGUGGGCAGAUUAGAUUGUAAUUCUUUGAGUGUUUCCAUGGAGACGCACCCCAUCCAAUCGUGGUUAAUGACUUUGGUUGGAUAAUUUCCAUGGAGAUGUUGGUCCACCCAUUCAGGGUGGGUCUGCAUUAAAUUACUGGAGCACUGUAUAAGCUCAGACAGAAGGAGCAAGCUUUCUACAGCCAAGAGGGACA